AACACCGGCUGACCUACUUCUUUAUGCUGUGACAUAACAUAAGGGUAGACAAUGUUAGUCUUCUAACGCUUUAAAGCAUAUUUACGUGUGAGAUGUUGAGAUCAACAAAGCAUAUAGUUUGUGCUUUGUCAGGAGGAUUGGACAGUGCUGUUGCGGCUUUUUUAUUGAAAAGUAAAGGAUUCACAGUCAGUGGAGUUCACUUGGUCAGUGACGACCCAAGUGGGGAGUCUAAAGACAAAAAUGAAGAAGCAGCAGAAAAUGCCCACCUUGUCUGCAAACAGCUGGGAAUACCUCUGCAGGAAGUGCACCUGACAAAAGAAUAUUGGGACAAAGUGUUCAGAGAGACAACUAAAGGCAAUCAAAACCUUGGUCUCACCAGCCUGGAUGCUGUGUGUAAUAAGCAUAUAACCUUCGGAACUCUUAUAUCCCAUGUGUUAAAUGACAUAAAAGCUCAUGGUUUUGCCACAGGACAUGGUGCAAGGCUAACACAGGAUAUAAUCAGGAAUAAUGUUGAUCCAGCAAGAGGUGUGAAACUACUGAGAGCCUCUGAGCAAUUGAAAGACCAAACAUAUUCCUUGUCACAAGUCUCCCAGAGAGCAUUGCAGAAAACGGUGUUUCCUGUAGGCGAAUUACCCGCACUAGUUGUCAGAGAUAUUGCUGUUCAAAAUGGCCUUGACACAAUAGUAAAAAAAGGAGAGGAUUCCUCUUUGUGUUCCUAUGGGAGAAGCAGUUUCCAAAGAUUUGUGAAAGAGCAUAAAUUGCCCAAGCCAGGGAGAUAUGUGGAUCUGGAAACAAGUCAAACAGUUGGGGAACAUGAUGGUGCUGUUUCCUGGACUGUAGGUCAACAAGUUCACAUUCAAGGACACAAUGAGGAGAUGUAUGUAGCUGAAGUGUUAACUGAUGUAGAUUCUAACACAUGUGAUAUCAUGGUGGUCUCAAACCAGGACCAUCCAGCAUUAUUUGCACAGACAUUUUUCACACGUCUUCCACACUGGAUUCACGAGAUUCCCUUCAAGCUCGUCGAGACGGAAAUGCUAGACUGCGAGUACCAGCAGAAUCAUGGCGGACAAUUACGAAAAUGUACCAUGACUCUAGCUUCAUCAAACUCUUAUUGUGGGCAUGACUAUUUGAUAGUUUCGUGUCCCGACUCAGUGAAGGGAAUUACUCCAGGUCAGCAUGUGGCAUUUUACAAGGGAGAGGAGUGCCUCGGUAGUGCCCAAAUUUUACGUCCAGGACCCUCAGUGUAUGCUAUGACUUAUGGGACUGAGAGGAGAAAGAAAGUUGAAGAGAACACAUUUUAUCAGAAGUGGUUUUCAAAAAUCUUUUGAUGUCUGUAUGGGUUUUACUUGUUUUAAACUCAGUGGAUUCACUUAUUCAGGAUUAUUUAUUAAUUUUAGGAUAAAUUGCCCCCUCCUAAAUGAAAAUGUUAUCUUCUUGCUUGAAAGAUCACUCUUCCCUAGACUUCAUUCUGGAAUUGUCAGUUAAAAAACACAGCAUGACUGUAAUAAAAUUUUAAUAUAUAUUGUAA